CAUGAAAACAAAGAAUACUAUAAUAACAUUACAUUUUGUUGGUUCGUUCGAUUGUUGGGUCUUUCUUGUUCCCAUCUCAUGUUCGUUGACGAUUUUUCUAGUGCAAAAAGUAAACAAACAAAAAUACCAACAAAUAACAAAACAAAAGAAAUGACGAAAAAAGAAAAAAAAGCAAUGCGAUGGAUUUAUUGUAAUCAGCUUUGUGAUGGUGUUGUUUGUGUACAGGACAGUUCAAUUUCCAAAGCGUUCACAUGGGCCACACUUUUUUGUAAUUUUGUAAUCCAGCGAUUUUGUUUUUCUUUUUUUGUAAUUUCGGUUCUUUGGAUGGACGAAUUUCAUUUAUAUGCAUUUUCCCUCCUCUUAUUAUUAUUAAUUUUUACUUUUACUAUCUCAAAUAUUUCCAGCGAAACAGGAGCGCAGUAUUGGCCGUUUUGUUUGCGGAUAAUUAAUCACUUAGUUCGGAAGUGGAGGGGGAAACGAUUGGGCAUAAUGGAAUAGGAGAAAUUUGUGCGUUUUUUUUUUUUUUUUUGAUUUUUGUUUUUGCGUCUGUCCAGGGCCUAAAGAGAAAAAAAAAAUCCUUUAUAAUAUUAGAUAUAUUAAUGAGUGAUGAAACACAGCCCUGCCUGACUUAGAGCAAUUUAUUGUGAAGACACCAUCUUGUGUGCUGUUCUUCGUUCGCGCCCUGUACAUAAGAAAAAAAUGGAACGUUUUCUUUUGAAUUAGUUAUCUUUUUUUUUUCCUUUCCCAGAACUCUGUUGUCCUGUUUCUCCUGCUUAACUCUCCAUCUCUAGUGUAUACACUCAAACAACAUCUUCUAUUCAUCAUUUGUCAUCCCCCUCCCCCAUUUUUUCUUCUUUUUUUUUGUCCCGUAAAAAGGAGAAGUGUAGUAAGUUGGGGUUUUCAUUGAUUUAUAAUUGUAUACUUUUUCUUAAUUCGAACGGAAGAGAUCAAGUAGCUGUCAUCAUUCUCGUGUAUUAUUAUUAUAAUUUUUUUUUUUUUUUGGUCAGCUCCUCUCCAUUUAUUCUACUUGUUUUAUUUCCUUCCGUUGGCAAUUUCUUUUCUCGCUCUUCUAGAUGUGGAGGUGUAUCAAAUCGAAACUUGGUCAUUCAUGGUAACAAAUCGGGAGGAAAAAUGGGCCACACUCUAAUCUGAUAUGCAUUUGUACAAAACAACUUAACAAAACACAAACAAUUCAAUAAAAACUUAUCCUGUUGAUUCGUGUGUCUCUCUCCUCCUACCCAAUUCAUACACUACUACCAUACCUCUGUUUCUCACCUUACCCCCUCAAAUGUUGUCCUCGUCUCCAUACACAUAUACACAUUUUUGAAUUGUU